AGCACAGUGGGAAUUGUUUACGUUUUGUUAGUAAACAUUAAAGACAGAAAUUUUCAAGACUGUCUUCCUUCUAUUUUAAAGUUAAAAACCAGCCAUGUUUAUUUCUUAAACAUUGAUAAACGCCAUUCUUCGUAAAGGAGGGACUACGUGCAGCUAUAAACGUUCAUCAGAUGACAUACAUCGAUUGAAACAAGAAUGUAAAAUGGCUGGAAAUCAAGAUGAAGAUGUCGGUAGAUCGACGGAAAGAGAAGAAAGCAAGGAACCACGCUCAUUAAAUAAUGACAUUGUUACUUAUGUGCGCUUUAAAAAUCGCUGUGACAGAAUCGCCACGUUGUUUUGGUUUAAUUUUAAAGGAAGCUUGGUGAGGUACUCCAUUUUGAAGAAAGGGGAAUUUAUAGAUAUGAACACAUACGUUACACAUCCAUGGUGUGCAAGAGAAACUGUGACAAAUGACCGACUUGUGAUCGACAAACAACGCGUGUUUUACCCUGCCGAGGGAGCAGAUUUAACGUACAAACUUGUCUACAUCGACAUUCCAGUUUAUUCUUUGAGAGAGAGAUGUAAACAGAUUAUAUGGAAAGCAUACCCCGACACGGACCCAAAGACACUAGAUAUACCAAGAGUGCUUACCAAAGAACUGGACACAAAGAAGUCUGUCUCAUAUACUGACUACGAAGGCUUCCAUCAAUCAUGAAUUUCUAACAUAAAUAUCGGAUAAAAAUGUGAUUACAUUAUUGCAUAAUUCUUCCUUCAUCUCAUUAAGUUGAUAUAGUACAGCAGCAUGUCAUUUUAAAGAGUAUGCAAAUGAUUUAUGAUCUUUAAGUUUUUGGUUUAUGUUUUAAAGACAAUGUUGUUUUAAAUGAUCAAUAUCAAGAAAUCCAAGCAUAUUUACCAAAUAUUGUUUUUCACAGCUGCAGAAAUACACAUGUAUACACUGUAUUUAGUUUAUUUUGUUUGUAGAAAAUAAUAAUAUCUACAGAAUGUGAAAUUUUCUUACGUGUGCUUUAUUUGGGAUAUUAUUUAAGAUAAUUCACUUCGUAGUUAAAAUU